AUGCAAUUGGGUCAAUUGAUGUACGAUGAAUAUGUGACAAAACAGAAAUUCCUCAGUGCUAAUUAUUCAACGUACGAGAUAUUCUGUCGUUCAACCGACAUCAAUCAAACGUUACUCAGUGCCAAUGCGAAUUUCCUUGGAAUGUACUACAAUCGAGCGUCUGAAAAGCCUAUUGUCGACUAUCCAGACAUUUCGGAUUGGCCCAGUAAAUUCGUACCGAUAGCGAUCCAUACUCAGCUGCUUAAAACUGAUCACAUUGGAUACGUCAAUCCUGAAUGUCCUCGCAGGGAUUACCUAGAGAAUUUGGUUAAACAAACUCCGGAAGUUAAAAACUAUGUGAAAUCGGUGAAGGUGAAUAACUUCUCAUAUCGCUAUGUCUAA